AUGCCACCAACUAGACAUAAAGAGAGAUUGGAAAGGAUACAAAUCAAUGGAAUAAAUAAUAACACUACUACUACUAUUAACAAUACCGCUAAUAAUAUUAAUAAUAAAAAUAACUUGAACAGUCCUCACCAACUUCGAAAAACCAUUUUCCGCCUACUCCAACACAGUACAAUCCACGGAUUACCGCAUAUCUCAACGUCAUCGAAUAAUAUUGUUCGGCUAAUAUGGUUCGCUUUAUGGUUAGCCGGGUUAACCGGUUUUCUGACUAAUCUAUCGUAUGUUGUAGCGCAUUAUUUAUCACGACCAGUUUUGACCAGUUACCAUGAGGAUCAUGAAGAAUUUGUAUGGCCAGAUAUCACUUUCUGUAAUGCUAUGGCACCGUAUAAUUUAAAUACACAAGAAAGACAAACACUGUGGAAUCACUAUGUCAGCUGGGCUAGAAAUCUUUCUACAGCGAAUCAGAUACCGAAAGAUCUAUUCAGUAGUAUUGAUGAAGCCGAUGCUGAGGAGAUUUUCCUCCAGUCACUUGUACGUUCGAGUAUACCUCAUUGGAGAUUUAAUGUCGGCAGCGCAGAGGAUAUGUUUGGUUUUAUUGCUGAACAGAAUGGACAUCAAGGGAUAUAUCUAUCAGUAAGCAUGGAUGGAACUUUAUCUGAUAUGCCGAAACCAUGGGGAAAUUAUUUCUAUACACAAAUAUUACAAAAACGUUAUAAUAUACCAUGUCUUAAUUUUCAAAUUACUCGUUAUUUAAACAAAUCAAUAAUGAAGGGAAUAGAACAAGUUGCAUUUGGUAUAAAAUCUAAUUUUCACAGUUAUUUAAUUAUUAAUUCCUCAUAUUCAUCACAUACAAUUGAUGUAUAUAUCACAUUACCAGAUCAUUUCCCGACAACAGGAGUCAUUGAUUUAACCCCUGGAUAUAUUAAUCAUGUACAGUUGCAAAUGGUACGUCUAAAACGCAUCCAAGAAAAUCAGAAAUGUCAUAACAGAAAGUAUUCAUCAAUUAUAUUCGACGCCGACUUAACGACAAAACGCCUAGUCAAUGAUACUGGUGGAGAUCUAUGUCAUCGACUAUUAUCACAAUAUUUAUAUCUACGAGAAUGUCAUUGUUAUAGUCCAUUUCUCCCGUAUGGUUAUUUUCCUGAUUUAUUUAACAUAUCUUACAAUAAAAAUAAUAAUAAUAAUUCCACUAGUGAAUCAAUUGUACAACCAGUCCUGUGUUUAAAUAUGUCAGUAUUCAAUGAAUCUGAAUUGGCGGGAAAUUCAAAUUGUAUGUACCGGGUAUUUAAAAAGUACAGCAAUUCUAGUGUAUAUAUGAGUCUGAAAGAAGCUAAACAGUGUCAAUAUUAUGCAAGUUCACCAUACUGUGAUGAAGUAAAGUAUAAUCAAUUAGGCAUAGUACGUAAACCAAUCGGGGAAUUAUGGGGUAGUGCGUAUAAUGAAGCUAGGGCGAACUUUUUAUUGAGUACAUAUCGUGAUAUUGUAGCAUAUAGCCGUAAUGCCAAUGACAAGCAUGAUUUCAGUGAAUACAACAAAGACAUAUUUCACAAUGAAUCCAAACGUCAAGAAAUGCUCAAUCAGUUACGUAAUAAUUUUGCCAUAAUAAUGAUAGAACGUGUUAGUCCGCAUGGAAGAUUGGUUCUUGAAGAAAAUGAAUACCCAUUAGCUCAAUUAUUAUCUGAUAUUGGUGGCAACAUGGGACUAUGGAUUGGUAUAUCUGUGAUUGGUUUAUUUGAGUUUUUUGAACUUGUCGGUUUCAUCAUAUAUGCAUUAGUUAAUUAUUUUAAAAGUUUGUAUGAAAACAGAUUGACAAUAAAUUCAUUCAAAUCAUAA